AUGUUGCUACUGCUAGUGCUAUCGCUAUCGCUUGAUUUCGUACAAUUCGCUGAUCGCCAGUUUUCGUUGUCAGUUCAGAGGAUCGGCCAUACUCUCGAGGCGAGCAUAGUCGCUCAGCGUGAACUCGAUCGACGGCGACCGAGUGUCGGCAACACACGCACACAAAGAGACAGACUGCUAGGCCUUGCGGGCGGCUUAGUCUGGCCUGGCAUGAAUAAAAAUGUGCCGUUGGUCAGCGCCGAGCCUGCACACGGCGGGACGGCAAAGCGAGAGAUUCGUGCAAUUGCGUGCGUGCUGGCCGCCGGUGCCUGUCCGCAUUGCGGCGUGCAGGCGAGUCGAGCGACGGCCAGAGGCCUUCGUGGCCAGGGCCCGCCUGUCCGCGGCCUGUCUCUUUCCGCCGUCUGGCUUUCGGGCGCAGCGUGCAGCACGGCCCUGCCCAGGCACGGCCCGGCUCUGCUUUCGCCUGGGCCGGGUCGCACGACACGAGACGGCGCCCAUCGAUCGCGAGCCAGGCUAGCCUCGCGUCACGCCCGAGGCGGACAGCACUGGCCAGGCUCUCCGUCCUCAUUCUUUGUCUCGCGUCCGACCGGCUUGCGAGGACCAGAGGCCUGGCUGGCUGGCUGGCCGGACGGUCUGUCAUUGAUUUAUCCGUCAUUUCGCGGCUGCCUCGGCCUGUACCGGCAGGCGUCGCGUUCACGCCUGCCCGUGCCGUCUGACCAGACGGGCCACCAACGCGACUCGGCUGCCCGACUUGCUCCGUGCGCCUCUUGUCUGGCAUUGAUUUCUCUCUGCCUCUCUCUACGCCUCCUCGGCCCGGCAGAACUCGCCGUCCUGUGCCAUCUCGCCUCUUCCGUUUAUCGAUCCUACCGCAUGCCUCGGUCUGUCUCUUUGCGCAUCAGCCGGCUCGCAGUCUCCUCCUCUUCUCUCGCCUGA